AUGGCCGUCGCGCAACAAGAACAAGUCCUCGAGUCGGUUCAGGAGAAAAUCAACCAGUUUACCACGGAGACUGUGCUCCGCAAGUUCCAAAUCGGCACUCAAACCGACACAAUCUACGUCAACUUGAACUAUCUUGCCGAGCUCUCCGAGUACUUCCACAUGUGAGUUCGCGGUAAAGCUUCCCCCAGAAUUUCAGCUACUUUCAGUCUCCGCACCGGUGCCUACACGGAGAAGAGCUCAAAAAAGGUGGAGUUGGACGAUGUUUACACGGACGAACUUGUCGUGUUCCUCUCGUACGUCUGCCCGGACGCCUUUGAGUUCGACCGCACUAUCAACCGUAAGUAUACCCCGUUCUCUAGUUUGUGCGCCUUAUCGGAAAGUUUAAAAUAUCAGUGAAUAAAGUACACUUAAUUUCAGAGCACAACAUCUACCCACUUGCCUAUUUCUCGGACCGCCUCAUUUUCCCGUGGGUGAAGCAGGAGAUCAAGAAAUACAUCAAAAGCGGUGAGAAAACGAAUAUUCCAGGGCAAACAACAGCUACUAUUUUCAUUAAAUUCCAGAUGAAUUCAAAGAGGAGAUAUAUGAGAUUGAUGCUUUGAUCAAUCUGUGCUGUCUGCUUCACUCGCAAUGCUACGCGUUAGUUGCCCAUUUUCCCAGGAAAUCUUCAGAAAUACACGUUUUCAGACCUGAUGAUAUUGAUCCAGUUUUCAAGAAGAUUGCUCGUCUCCAGGAUUCGACUGCUGUCGACAAGGUUGUCGAAGCCAUCCCGGACAGAGACGUGCGGCUCUAUUUCCGCGAGAGAAUCAUUCACUUCCGUCCGGUCAGUUUCUUACGGGGACGUGCAAAAGGCCUGCCGACGGCUGCGCAUUUGAUCCACUUGCAAUAAUUCGAUCGGACUCUAACUUUGCAGGCUUCUUGGAAUUGGAUUGAAGUAUCUUGGGUCCAAGUUUCAGAUCGAUCGGUUUAUCUGGUCCGCAGAUAUAUUGUUUCGAGGCCGAAAAUGUAAAGUUAAAAAAUUACCACCUUUUUGGCUUCGAACCAGUAAAUCUCGAAAGCAAAUAGACCGAUCGUUUUGGUACUGCACAUUCACAUAUAUCUGCAGAAGAUAAUCCAAACUGUCUAAACUGUGAACUUAAAAUACUUCAAUCCAAGUCUAUCAUGUAAUGCUUUCGAAUUCUUACCUGCGGAUUCAAGUAGUUAUGGGGGCAAAAGUUUUCUUUCUGGAUGCAUUUUCAUUUUUCAUGUUCAAUGAAAACAGGCUUUGAAACAUGCAAAUUCAGAACAGCUUCUUUUGAGGACAUAUGCACAAUGCUUGUAAAAAGGGGUGACUCAGGCAUUACGGUGUGAAGACCACAGAAUCGAGCUUUCUUUCUCACAAACUCACUCUAGAAUUCUUUCUUCAACCUUCCGACCACAAUCCUUCUUUCUGUCGUCCGUUUUUGGUUUGGGUUUGAACCGUUUACACACUUCCAGAGUUGCCACGUCCUUCAGUCAGGUCUGAAAGUCGUCACGAUCAGUGUCUAACCGAGGCAAAUUUCUUUGUACUCGGCGGGGCUCGAACCUGCGGUCUUCGGAUUGCUAAGCACAAGCUUAACCGCCUACACCACCCUGGCCACGCGGCUCAAUCGCCCAUAGGGUGUAUAUAUAAUGGCGACGGACGCCGUUGGGCGCUGUGGUGUUGGUGAUAUCUCGAGAACGGAUGGAGCUAUCGAGAAGCAUCCAAGAGCAAAAAUGAUCAGAAAAAUGUGCUUCGUUCAUCUAAGUAGAAAUCAAAAAGAUUCAGAAGUCAUUUGAGGUUUCAGAUGACACCGAAAAAUAAAAAUUGUCCAAAAUAUGACUUGAUAUAUAUCAAAUGAAUGACGAAAACACGAAGAUUCAAACUAACGUCGUCAAUAUUGAAUUGUUUUGUCCUCUGCCCUCAAAUAACGAAUAAUCUCUGAAACAAUAAAAAAGUGUCAAAUGGUUAAACUUUCGCCACCAUUACCAUUUGAAUCCAAGGGUAACAAUUCGAAAGCAUUACAUGUAAGAAGCCUACAAAGUUUGGGCCCAGUCAGAAUAUUGCAAGUAGGUCAAAAGUGGGGGCAUGCCUUCAUAAAGUUUGAAAUCGUCUUUAUCCCAGAUGUGUUUUUUAUUAUCUUGACAGCAAAAAAUUCCUUUUUCAGUACCUGUACCAGCCAAGACCGCAGUCCUUCUUCGACUGGAAUGACACCCGCGCCCGGCUCUUCUUCUAA